AUGAGCGGAACUAAUGUUGCUGGUCCCGGAACCAUCGAGCCGCCACGGAGGAAAUGAAAUGCGUACCCGAUACAUGUCAUUGACAGGGGGGUGUGAGGUCUGACGAAAGGUUCGAAAACUGCUAAUAGAAUCAUGUGUUAAAGUUGAAACCAAGAUGCUCCGUGCGCUCUCCAGAAGAACCACCUCUCUGCAGGUGGUGCGACGGGCCAGUCCGCCGUAUAGUUCCUGGCUCUCCGCUACGAGUCGCUCCUGUGCUGGGGGUCAUGGUGAACCCAGAGCCCAGGAGUCCUGCUGGGCUGCUGAGCCACGCUCCAAGCAGACACUUUGUGGCCUGGUGCGACGCCACCCUGUGGCCGUUGGCGGUUUCACCGGCGAUUGGCCGCUCCAGCGGACCCAGUCUUUCCACGGCUCUGCAGUGAGGCUAAAGAAACGUCAGCAGCCAGAUCCGCCUCCCAGGGAGCUGGACCUUCUGCGCUACGACAUGAAGCACUUGUGGAAAGGCCCCAAGCCAGCGCUCUACCUGGGGAUGGCCGGGCUCAUCCCCUUCGUGGCCCCUCCUCUGCUCAUGGCCGUGACCGAGACUUACCUCCCGGAGUUGGCCUACAUCCAGGUCGCCUACGGAGCCUCCAUCAUCUCUUUCCUGGGUGGAUCUCGCUGGGGAUUUACCCUUCCUGAGAGCAGCCCUGCCAAGCCUGACUGGAUCAACCUGGCCAAUAGCGUGGUCCCCUCCCUGCUGGCCUGUGCGGCCAUGCUGCUCAGUGACAGUAUUACCCCGGCAGCCACCCUGGUCAUCAUGGGGCUCGGAGUCUCCCUGCACUACGACCUCUCUCUCCUGCCCACCUACCCCAGCUGGCUGAAGGCCCUUCGCGCCGUGUUGACCACAGUGGCUUUCCUAUCACUGGUGGGCACACUCGUAAUGGAUGGACUCUUUCCAGUUAAAAUUCUUUUUUCAAGUUAAUAAAAUAAAUGUAUAAAUUCAAGGAUAUGUUGUCAACUAUGAAGGUAAAGAAAUAGAUGAUAAACUGUU